UCCUAACAAUGAAUUUUUCAGAUGCCAUUUCAUGACCAACUACCGCGUUAAGUCAUAAAAGAAAGCUGAGAAAAACUGGCGAAAAGUUUUUAAAAGUAACUGAUCAGGCGAUAUAAAGAAAGGAUAUUGAUGGAUGGUUAUUAGGCUGUUUUGUUCAUCCAUUAGCCUGCACACCAAAGAAAUGAUAAAGGUUUACAUUUGAUACCAUUAUGGUGAAUGGAGACCAAACAGUGGCUCUGUCAGCGAGCAUCCUUGCGUUACUUGCCUUGAUUUCAGUUUCCAUGUUUGUUUGUAUGUUUCUCGUAUAUUGGAGAUACCGUUCAAACGAGAAGAGGAAAACAAGAUGGACAGGUUCUCCGAGCGAAUUAAGAACUGGGUGGUUGGCAACAGAUCGCAAAAUCCUUGUUCCUGGACAGUUUUCUGCUAAAAUUGUGCAGCCACAAAUUCCUGACACCAGCGACACUUCGGAGGACCUUAUCACAGAAAGCACUGACAGCCAAAAAAGUAGCUUGGAUGAGUGGGGUUCUUGUGGGAAGAUAUUUUUCAUCCUGAGGUAUUUAGUAGAGAGGGAAGAACUUAUGGUGCGACUGGUUCAGCUGGAAGGUUUUCAGAACGCUGACGAUAUCUACAGUGCUGAUAGUGCUUAUGUUGACGUCCAGUUGAGGCAUAUCGGCUCAGACGACGACAAGGAAGGAAUCAAUCCUCCAAAACUUGAUAUAGCUUUGCAGCAAGUCUACUACUUUAUUAUAUCGCAAGAUCAACUCUUUUCCUAUAAAUUGGUUUUCAAAGUUAAUACUUUCGAUGAUGCAUUUCGUCGAACCGUAUCUGGAGAAGUGGAGGUGGACCUUUUCGAAGAGCUCAAGAGACACAUGUUUACUGGUACAGAAGUGAUUCUAUCGAAAGACAUUCGACCGUGUUUAAAGAGCCAGAGUAACUGUGGGAGUGGUAAAGAAAACGUUCAUAAUCAGGCCGACGGCCCCGUAAAAGACGAAAACGAAGCUAACGAGUUGCAAAGAUCUCCAAUUGCAUCGCCCCUUUCUUGGGAUGACCAAUGCGACGUUUCAAGUAAAAGCAGUGGCCUUGUUCCUUAUGAAGAUUUAUCAUCAAAUGGAGUGCAAUGGCACCGUCUCUCUGGUGAUAGCUGGGAAGAAAACGUGUCAAUGAACUGGCCGAAACUAUCCGAUUCCGUUGUAUCGGUUCCAAACUCUUUCCAAUUCAACCGUACCGUAGUGGAUAUUGACCUUGAAGAUGGAAUGUCUGAUGAUGGAUUAAACGUUGAGACUGAUUUUCGAUUAACUAGGCGUUCUAUUUCAGAGAGUUAUAUUCCACACUACGGAAGGCUGUCGCCGCCCCCUAAGAACUUCUACCAUUUGGUACCUUCCCUUGUUACCAAACAGAGAUUUGGGAAUGAAAGUCCGUUCUUUACGAACAAGAAAAUUGAUCCUUGCAAAACAAGUCCGAAUCGCUUAGAGACUUCGUUUACAUUUGACCGUACAGAACGCCCCAAGGUCGAAAGAAAGAGGUCCAGGUCUCUCCCUUCUCUAUCCGACCCGAGGGCUAAGGAUGAUUCAAGCACUGUGUACCAUGAUCCUGUGACCCAGACCUCUCAAGCGCGGAAACGAGCAAAGGCAACUGCAAGCCAUCGCGAGUGAAGUUUCUGCAAGACGAAAAUAAGGCAUAAGGAACAGCACAUCGGUUUUUUGGGAACAUUCCUUAAAAGGUGACAAUCAUCAUUGCAUUGUGUAUUCAAAAGAAUUAAUAUUUAGCGAAAAUUUCAUUUGAACAUCAUAUCACAAAAUUGUAUGUAUGGAUUCUAUAAAUGAAAAUAACAGCACAGAUAUCAUGCGAAAUAUUUUCUCUCCAUGAUAUCCAUACAUACAAUUUUGUGAUAUUAUGUUCACAUGAAAUUUUCGCCAAAUAUUAAUCUUUUUGAAUAAACAAUGCAGCGGACAUUGUCGCCACAAUUUUUGUUUAGAGAGGUAUCGUGUCUUUAGAAUGAAUAGCUGGAGGUGAUAUGUGAUUUUAUAUGAUAUAUGUCAUAUUCGUCGAAUGAUUCAUUAAGUAGCUGCUGGAAUCUUUUUAAGGAUCGUUUUUCGAAACUUAUAUUCCGUUAUUUACUGGCUGGUUAGAUCGUUAUUAGCACAAGGUAACCUCUUCAAACGUACCUCGUCUUAUUUGAUUGUUACAAGUCAUAAAAACCCCUGCUGAAACUAGACAGAGGAUAGAAAUUUGAAGAAACCACUCAUUUAUUUAAUAAUAAAAACAAGCUUCUUUUCUGUCAAAAAAUAUAACUUAGUUUAUCUCUUGGUGGGGUAGGAGUUGGGUGACUGCCAUCCGAAAUCUGGGGAAGUUACAUCUCGAUUUAUCUGCACCCGGGUUGAAAUUACAUUCAUCGUCCUCUUAGUAUUUUUUAAUGGCAGGAAAGUUGUGGGUGGAAAUCAUCGAAUUUUAGAGGACAACAACUUCGAAAUAGCUUAAUGAAUUAGUACAAGGUCCUUUUGGUUGGGUUUCAGGGCUUUAUUGGUUUAUGGAGUUGACAAUAAAAUAUUUAAUUAUUUACGUAGAAUUCCCCGCCAUCCCCAGACCACUGCCGUCCAUCGCAUUGUGAGUUGCUUAUACCAUAGAAUGCAUUCCCCUUUCAAGACAGCAUGCGAAACUUUUCAGGGCAAUUGGAUUAUAAGGGGAUUUUUCUUGACAAUAAAAUGAUUUUUUCCAAAGGCGAACGAGCACAUAUUUAGUCGGUCAUAGAUAAUCGUUUUAUAUGCAUUUCACAUAGAGAUAUUGACCAGGGCUGUAGAAGAAGGGGGCUCGGGGGAGCUCAGCCCCCCUUCCACUUUUCGAAGGGUGGCUGCUCUCCUUCUUGUUUUUUCGGUGUAGUUCUAAAAUUUCAUGGUUAAUUUUUGCCAGGAUCAAAUCUUUGAUUGAUCCGAUAUUGCUUUUUGAUAUUUGCAUUCAUGUGUUAUCUUAGUAGCCCUCUUGAUUGAUAACUGAAAACAUAAUAAAUGCUGGCAAAAUUUUACUACUUUAAAUUCCGUAUUUUUAAGAUGUUUCUACUCAAGCAACGGGUAGACAUUGGAAGAUUCUUUAACUCUAGAAAAAAUGAAAAGAAAUUGAUAUUGAGGAGGCAUGCAAACGAAAAAAAUUGAAACAUUCAUUUUGUAUACAAUAUAGAGGAUGCGCUAUAUCUCCUCUCCCUGUACAUUUUUGGCACUACUUUACAGAGGACCUUUAUUCAUUACAUAAUAAAUCAAUUUUUAGUGCAAUUUCAAUGUAGUUUAAAGUAGACCUGUAUAAAGAAAAUGGACUUUAGCAGUAAAAUUUUAUCUUAUAAAGAUGUUAUAUUUAAAAUUUUUCGUUUUACUGCACGUUUGUAAAGUAUCGUUUAUUUAAUUCAUUCGCGGUAUAACGUUUAUAAUCCUU